AUGGGGGGCGUGACGUUCCCACCCUGGUCAGUCUUGGCCGAUACGACAUGUGUGGCCCUCGUACUACUCGGACUUUUCACUUCCUUUCUGAGCUUCGCUACCCCUUGGAUCAAAAACAAACGAGGGGGGUAUAUCAGAUUGUCAAACGAGUAUAAUCCCCAGACAAAGAAGGAAUCUUUCGAGAAGACGCUCAAGGAACAUGUACGGAGAGAGGCAAUUGAAGACGGAGAGCCGAUAGACGUUGCCGCUUUUUGGAGACGGGUCCUUGUUCCCAGGAUCCUUGUCCUCGUACUAACCCUCGCCAAUGUAACCAUCUUGGUUGUCCAAGUUGUGGAAACUCCAUCGCAUUCCCGAGAGCACUGGCUUUUCCUCGCGACACACGUCACAGUCGCUGUGGCUGACCUCUACAUGGUCAUACUUGCAGUUCACUAUACCUUCACCCGCAGUAUCACCAAGCACUACAGGCUGACAGUGCAUGUCUGCACCGUGACAUCCAUUCUUCUUCUUCAUUGGUUCUUCCAGACUUUGGGUCAGUAUCUCUGGCUCGGUGUUACCGUUCGCAUCCCUUGGACAGGGUACACAUCCUUGUGCCUCGUCUUCCUGCAGCUGCUCUUGGUUGGAAACAUCCCUCUCCAGCCUAUGCUAUGGGUAGACAUGACGAGUCUUUACACCAAAGCUGUCCGGACCAAGCUGGAAGAGAAUCAAUAUAUGGAGCAUGGCGCCAACACAAUCGAGGAGAUUUCAAGCUCUAUUCUCGGAUGGCUCCUAUACACUUACAUCUACCCCAUGAUCAUCAAAACCGCACACAUGGAGCAGGUUGAUAUUCAAGACCUUCCUGCUCCAUGUGCCGAGCUGAGAACUCAGAACAUGUACCACGAUUUCAUGGGUCCCCGAGCUUCAGAUCAAGUCAAAUGGAAAAAUCACCCUACUCUUUCGCUCCUAUGGACUGUUUGGUACCCUCAAAGACGGGCUGUUGUUAAUGCGCUCUGCCUGAUGAUUGCUCUGUGUCCCCUGUGGUACCUUCCUCAUAUCUGUCUACAGCAGAUCUUGAGUGUCCUCGACGACCCGAACGCUGUCCGAUGGAGUGCUGUGGCGUUUGCAGCUCUGAUGGUGGUCGGAAAAUUCGGAACCGCGCUCAUCCUUGUGCAGCAAUUCAACAUAAGCUCUUCCGCAUACGUUGGACCUCGAAUCAACGCGCACACAUCAUUCUUACUGUACCAAAAACUGUUAACCCGGAAUCUCUUCGCCUCGCAUGAGAAGAAGGAGGGAGAGAAAUCGGUGCAUACCAAGGCCGAUAUCUUGAAUCUCAUCUCCUCUGAUGCCUCUUCCGUCCAGCGCAUCGGAUGGACAUUCACAGGUCUUUUCCGCUCUCUCGUGGAGAUGUGCUUGGGGUGCUCUUACGUCUGGCUUCUCCUCGGUCCCUCGGGUCUUUGGGGUCUUGCGACAUUGAUCAUCACCUGUCCCCCAGCCUACCUUCUGACCAAGUGGGAGUAUGCCAUCUUUGAAGAGAGGCUCGCGGUCCGGGAUGAGAGGGUUUCCCUCAUGCAAGAAGCUGUUCAAGCAAUCUCGAUGAUCAAAAUGAUGGCGACCGAGAGGUUUUGGUACAAGAGAAUCAACCGUGUGCGAGAGAGAGAGUUCAAAAAGUUGGUUCAGGCCCAACUCCUCGGCUACCUAUCUGGUCUCCUCUAUUCUGCUGCUCCCACAGUGAUUAUCCUCGUUUCCUUCGCUCAUUACACUCUCGUUGCAAAGAAGGAGCUCACCGCAACCAUCGCUUUUACCUCGAUUGCUGUCUUCAACGAACUUCGACCUGCGCUUUUGGAUCUUCCCUCGAGUAUCGCAGAGCUUCUGCAGGAAAUCCUGGGCGCUCGAAGAAUCGCCACUUUCCUCUCGGCUCCUGACGUCGAAUACUUCGACAACGACACGGCCUCCUCCCCAGAGCAUGACUCUACCGUCGAUGACGGACCCCUGUAUGUGGUCGGUACUAUCGGAUGGGACGUACCCAAGCUCUACAUGCCUUCAUCUUCCUCCUCAUCUCCGGCCGACGGUAGCGCAACAGUGGUCGAGACAGCAGACGAAGACAAGUCUGGGUUCAAACUUUUGGAUCUCAACGUCGAGUUCCCUCGUGGACAAUUGACACUUGUGGCCGGCAAGUUUGGUUCAGGAAAAUCACUUUUGCUACUUGCUCUUCUAGGCGAGGCACGACUGAUCGAGGGAAAGAUAUCGUACACUGUCUCUCCCGUCAUGGACUCCUCGAUCGGCAGCGGAACUGACUGGAGUCUGAUACGAAAGGGUGUAGCUUACGUUCCCCAGGCACCAUGGUUGUUGAGCCAAAGUAUCAGAGACAACAUCACCUUCGGCCUUCCCUUUGACAUUGAACGCUACAAAUCUGUUUGCUUUGCUACAGGUCUUAUGCCUGAUCUCGAGCUUCUCGAAGACGCCGACCUCACGGAAAUCGGAGAACGGGGAAAACUUCUUUCAGGAGGUCAAAAGGCUCGUGUUUCGCUCGCCCGUGCUGUCUACUCCCGAGCCUCUGUCUUGCUCUUGGACGACGUUAUCUCUGCUGUGGAUGCCCAGACGAGCCAGCAUAUCAUCAAGCACUGUUUCAACUCACAGCUCAUGGAAGGCCGAACCGUUAUUCUGGCAUCACAUGCUGUUGAGUCGCUGGCUCCCCUGGCCAAACACGCCAUCUAUCUCGAUGACGGGAAAUGCCUUUGGCAGGGAACUGGAAGGGAGUUGCUCGAUAGCCAGCAUAUGACGCAUCUUAAAACAGAGUCUAGGAUGCCUAGCAGGUUGCCGAGUCGGCUGCCCAGCACCGAUGAUCUGAAGGCCGAAGGGACCACGUCCGUGAGCCCUGAAAGCAAGGCUGACCUUAAAAAAUCUGACAAUAUGGAUAUUGCUGCUCAGAAGGACAGCUUCGAAAUCCGCGAAGCCAUACCGAAAACCCCCAAGCAGCUUGUGCUGGAAGAAGAAAGAGCUUCUGGAGCUGUCGAUCUUGUCCACUGGAAGAACCUUCUCAAGUUCAAUGGAAACAAAGUCUACUGGUUUGGGGCUGUGAUCCUGAUGCUGGUAUCAGUCUCAAUGCCCGUUGCUGAGAGAACCAUACUUUCGGGAUGGACCGGAGAAGAUGGCGAAUCAUCGAUCAGGCAUUCUGUCGGGUUCUGGAUUAUCCUUUACGCUACCGCGUCACUCGCCCGAGUACUUCUUGACACCACCUACAGCAUCUACAGUUUCUGGGGUAAUAUGCGUGCGAUGAGGAUUGUACACGGCCAAAUGCUGGAAUCCAUACUUCACGCCAAGAUGCUCUUCUUCACUAAGACUAGAGCGGGAUCGAUCAUCCAGCGCUUCGGAAAAGAUCUUAACGAUAUCCUUGAUUGUUCAAACCUGCUCACUGAGAUAACCUCAGGUGGAUUCAACAUCGUGAUCAGUCUUGUUUCCGUGUCUUAUUUCGGGGGCUGGUCGUUCGCGCUGGUUACACUCAUCCUGAUAGCAGCCACUUAUACACCGGCCAAAUGGUAUCGUGCCUCGUCGCGACAGGUCCGGCGAUUGCAGGCUGUUCUUGGGGGUCCCAUCAAUGCUCUCUAUGGCGAGACUGUGGCUGGAACGACCGUCAUCCGAGCUUUCGGUGCCCAAUCCGUUUUCCUUGAUGACUUGAUGAGAUGGACCAACAUGAAGAUCACGGCCACCAUCUGGACCAUUGCUAUCGCCCGUUGGCUCUUUUUGAGCUUGAGGAUGGUAUCUCUCGUGAUAGAGGCCACGGCUCUCGUAUUGCUCCUCUCUCAAGCGUCUACUACGGGGGCCGUGGCUGGCUUUGUCCUUACAUUCGCCGGUACCAUCUCCUCCAACAUGAACUGGGUUUUGCUCCACGUCCGCAACUUCGAGCUGAAGGGGGUCAGUCUUGAACGAACCUCCGAAUACCGCACUCUUCCACGAGAGGACGACAAUUCUGUCGACGAAUCUGAAUUGAGUGCGGAAAGUUGGCCUGAGCACGGUCAGCUGAACGUUGACGGUCUAUGUGCCAGAUAUGGACCUGACAUGCCUGAGAUCCUGCAUAAUGUGACGUUCAGCGUUGACGGCGGCGAGAGAGUUGGGAUCGUCGGUGCCACUGGUGGCGGGAAGUCCACUCUGGCAAAAGCCUUCUUCUCCUUCUGUGAUGUCACAAAAGGAAAGAUUGAAAUCGACGGGAAGGACAUUGCACAGAUGCCGCUGGGGGCAGUUCGAUCCAAGCUCGGUAUCAUCGCUCAAGACCCCAUUCUUCUUUCGGGAACAUUGCGACUCAACCUUGACAUCGAAGGGAAAUACUCGGACGAGGAGCUUUACCACGCGCUUCGCCAAGUGCAACUUCUCAAAUCGUCUCCGUCAUAUCCUGACCUACUUGUGGACGACACAACAGAAGUUGGGCCAUCUUCCGAUAGCAAAAAACGCUACUCGCGCGACCAGCAAGACAAUAUCUUUUCCAACCUGGAAUCCGAGAUCAAAGGCGGCGGCGAGAAUUUGUCGACUGGUCAAAAGCAACUGGUCGUCCUCGCUCGAGCCCUGUUGAAGAAGCAUCGGGUCUUGAUCUUGGACGAGGCUACUGCCUCUAUCGACUCUGCUACCGAUGCUGAAAUUAGCCGAGUCGUCCACGAGGAAUUCACAAAUGCCACUGUUCUUAUUAUUGCUCAUCGUCUCCGGACUAUCAUGCCUUGCUCAAAAAUCCUAGUUAUGGACAAAGGUAAUCUCAUUCAACAAGGUUCUCCCUUCGAGUUGAUCGGACAAGAAGGUCGUUUCCAAGAUCUUUGUAAAGCCGCGGGGCCAGAGGAGUACGAGCACUUGAUUGGACUAGCUGAGCAGAAUGAGCAGACGAAAGAACUCAAGGGCAAUGUCGAUCUGCUUGGUAUGCCCGGCUCGCCAUUGCCGCCUACAUGA